AUGGUGCCGUCUAUCGCCGACGUUCCUACCACAGAGGUCGUUGUACCCAUCAAAGCAAAUCCCGACGAUAAUACUUCGAAGCCCAAAGUACGGAGAGUUAUCGAAGAGGAAGGCGGCCUUGAGAAGACUACUGCUAGUUACCCAAACUACCUUCCAACCUGGGAUCAUGGCGAGAAAUAUUCCGUUCUAGAGCCCUUCAACCACGUUGAACACGGCAAGGAUGCCGAUCCCUCGCUCAAAGACCUUUUGGAAGAAGGCUCGAGUAUCCAAAGGCUCACCCCAACGAUCGGUUCCGAAGUCACAGGUGUCCAGCUCAGCAAACUCACAUCGGCUGGAAAAGACCAGUUGGCUCUACUCGUCGCUCAACGCAAGGUUGUCGCUUUCAGAGACCAAGACUUUGCCGACUUGUCAAUUCAAGAGGCCCUGGAUUUUGGUGGAUAUUUCGGACGACACCAUAUCCACCCCACCAGCGGGUCGCCGGAAGGAUAUCCUGAGAUUCAUCUGGUUCAUCGGAACAACAACGCCUGGGAGCUUGACGAGUACCUUGCAGGAAAGAACAGUUGCGUCUCAUGGCACUCGGAUGUCACAUAUGAACAGCAGCCGCCUGGAACUACCUUCCUAUACCUACUUGACGGUCCCGAGGUGGGCGGAGACACUGUUUUUGUGAACCAGGUGGUGGCCUAUAAUCGGCUUUCUCCAGCGAUCAAGGAGCGGCUCCAUGGACUGAAGGCUGUUCAUUCCGGUGUUGAGCAGGCUGAGUUCAGUUUGAACCGUGGAGGUGUGGUACGACGAGAGCCGGUGAAGAAUGAGCAUCCUCUUGUCCGGACUCAUCCGGUCACUGGAGAGAAGGCACUUUUUGUCAAUGGUGGCUUCACUCGCAGUAUUGUCGGGCUGAAAAAAGAAGAGAGCAACGCCCUGCUGGACUUUUUGCUAGCCCAUGUUGGGCGCGGUAUUGACUAUCAAGCUCGUAUUCGCUGGGCACCCAAGACCGUUGUUGUUUGGGACAAUCGUGUCACUGCUCACUCCGCUAUCGUUGAUUGGACUACCGGAGAGCGUCGCCAUUUGGCACGCAUCACACCGCAGGCCGAGCGCCCGUAUGAAACGCCCUAUUUGGCAGAAGCAGCAUGA